AUGGGUGUCAUUGAUAAAAUUAAAGCCAUCGAAGAAGAAAUGGCCAGGACCCAGAAGAAUAAGGCCACAGAACAUCAUCUGGGUCUUUUAAAGGGUAAACUGGCCAGAUAUAGGCAGCAACUGCUGGCAGACGAAGCUGGUAGUGGUGGCGGAGGCGGAUCUGGUUUUGAAGUUGCCAAGUCAGGCGACGCCAGAGCUGUUUUGAUAGGUUAUCCCUCGGUGGGUAAAUCCUCCUUGUUAGGUAAAAUUACUACUACUAAAUCUGAAAUUGCCCAUUAUGCGUUCACAACUUUGACCUCUGUUCCUGGUGUGUUGAAGUACCAAGGUGCUGAAAUCCAAAUCGUGGAUCUUCCAGGUAUUAUUUACGGUGCCUCGCAAGGUAAAGGUCGUGGUAGACAAGUUGUCGCAACCGCAAGAACGGCCGACCUAGUGUUGAUGGUUUUAGAUGCAACAAAAAGUGAACACCAGCGUGCAUCUCUGGAACAGGAAUUGGAAAAUGUAGGGAUCAGGCUGAAUAAGGAGAAACCGAAUAUUUAUUAUAAGAAAAAGGAAACUGGUGGUGUCAAAGUUACAUUUGCCUCUCCUCCAAAGAACAAUUUAACUGAACAAGCAAUCAAAAUGAUCUUGAGGGAUUAUCGUAUCCACAAUGCCGAAGUUCUAGUGAGGGAUGACGAAUGUACUAUAGAUGAUUUUAUUGAUGUUAUUAACGAACAACAUAGAAAUUAUGUCAAAUGUCUUUAUGUUUACAAUAAGAUCGAUGCAGUAUCAUUAGAAGAAGUAGAUAAACUAGCCCGAGAACCAAACACUGUAGUUAUGUCCUGCGAAAUGGAUUUGGGAAUACAAGAUGUCGUUCAAGAGAUUUGGUAUCAAUUGAAUUUGAGCCGUGUGUAUACAAAAAAAAGAGGUAUUAGGCCAGUGUUCGAUGACCCUUUAGUGGUAAGGAACAAUUCAACUAUUGGUGAUCUGUGUCAUGGUAUCCACAGAGAUUUUAAGGAUAAGUUCAAAUAUGCAUUGGUUUGGGGCUCUUCUGCCAAACAUUCUCCUCAGAAGUGCGGAUUAAAUCACAGGAUUGAUGAUGAAGAUGUAGUUUCUUUAUUUGCGAAGUGA